AUGUUGGCAAGAUCGCUGUCCAUUAUCGGUUUACUGUCUGUCAUCUCCCUCCGUUCAGUAUCAGCUGUAGACUACUCGGAGACGUACUUGGGAUGUGUGACCGGUACAGGAACCAGCGGAGCGUUGGCUAGCCCCAGUGUGAACACUAUAUCCGACUGCAAUUAUGCCUGUGCGGAUGCUGGAUACACUUAUGCGUACUUUCAAUAUCAAUCUGCUGGGUCAUAUUGUUCUUGUAAGAACGAUGGCCCUUUAUCGAGUGAGAUUACUCCGGCAGUCAGUGGUAGCACGAAUUGUGGGUCAGCUGCAGCCUCCGUAAAUGCUUUAGCGACAGAUUACUAUUUCAAUAACUGUUACAACACAAUUUCAGCCAAUGAUGUCACUUCCUCGACAACUUUUGAACAAUGUUUCGAGACGUGUACGACGUACACCGACGCCUUUCUCAAAGUGUCAGGAAACGCAUACCUAUGCGUAUGCUCUAAUACAGCUUCAACUGGCACAACUCAAACCUGUGGUAAUACCGGAACGUACUUUGCUUAUGCCCACACAGCUACUUCAUCACCCAGUAUCAUCGAGAGAAGACGAAGGAAGUUGGAGAAAAUGAAGAGAGAUGAACAAUUAAGAUUGAACAGAUUCUGUCCAGGGGGUCUACAAGCUUGCGUCAUACCUGGAUCGGACGAUUCUUUCGAGUGCAUCGAUACUUCAUCGGAAUUAGAAUCAUUUGGUGGAUGUUUAUACGGCUCUUACACCAAUUCCACAGCUUCCGCUGGUGUUGACUGCUCCAUCAUUCCCGGUGCUGCUUUUGGCGGUGCCACCUGCUCAAAUGGUCGAUGUGAGAUUUCAGCUUGUCGAGAGGGUUUCCAACUUGUCGAUGGACGAUGUCAAUAA